AUGUUUCCAGAUACAGACUCGGGUGAGGAGACACCGGUUGUUUAUACAGCAAUUGCGGGCGCCGCUGCUGCUGCAGCAAUCAAGGUGACUGGCAUACUGAAGGGGCAGAUGAUGGAUGCAUCGUCCGACGAGUACUUCACUGAGGAGGAUGUCAGCUCACAAUCCUCCGACGAUGCAACAGAAGAAGACAGCGAUACCAAGUACGACAAGAACGGCAACCGUCGCGUACCGCUUCUGAGCGGCUGGCCGGCACUACCAUCGCCUGCCGCAUCUCGACGCUUGGCGAUUGAGCAAGGCGUCCAAAAGUUUCACCACAGCCAAGCCGAAUUGCAGAAGUCUAUCAUUGGCGCCAAGCGAACUCAGGCGAUGACAGCUGCUGCUGCCGCCGCCGCCGAUAAUGAGCACGCAGCAAAAAGGGCGAAGACGAUAGCCUCCGUGGGCCCGGCGCUGGACGCCGUUGCCAUUCAUCCGGUCCGGCUUACACCGCGGCGGGCCGAGUCGAAGCAGCGGCAAGUGUUGAUGGAGGAAACCUGUGACCGGGUCACCCGCAUCCUCGAUCAGUGCACGGGCAUAAUGAAGAGCAUAGAAAACGGAAUGCGCGACCCUAUUCAGCUGGCCAUGACCGACGUGAGGGACAAUGUUGGGCACGAACUGGUACCCUUUGGACUGAAGACCAUUGCAACGGAAUUCAGAGAGACGAGAAUAGACGAAGUGUACAUGAGGUUCUCGCUGCCUAGGAAACGGGAGUACCUGAAAAGCCAAGGGCUCUUGAUCCCUCCUCGAGAAUACAUCAUGAAGAAGGCUGCAGCCGACGUAUGGUCCAAUUUUGAGGAUAGGCUUGUGCCUAAUGGGCUGGAGAUCGCUUGCAGAAGUCUGAUGAAGUCGGGCAUGGCCGAGAUGUACCUAGUCUAUCCGCUGGCGGCCAAGAGAGCAUAUCUGGAGAGAGAAGGGGUCUUGACAGGCCCCCGUGCCGUCCAGAAACCUUUGGAUCAAUAUGUUAUGCCCUUGGGCGGAGAGGAGAAGGGCCGUGUGCGCGAGUGGCUUGCAUCUAUGGACGAUACAAGCCAAAGUGCUAAACACACAACAGCAACCCUCCCACCAGCCCUCCUCCAACGAGCCCGCAACAUCGCAAAAGAACACGACGCCCUCGCCGCGGCCCUCGAAGCAGACUACGACUCCAAAACGGCCCGCCGCGUAGGCGAGCUCUCGAGCGUCGUAACCGCCCUCCGAGAAUGGGAAAAGGCACAAUCCUCCAUCGCCGAGCUCGACGGCCUCCUCUUCUCCAAGGAUAAAGAGCUCCGCGAAAUGGCCGCCGAGGAACUCCACGCCACAAACGGCCAGCUCAGCUCCCUCUCGCGCAAGCUCUCCGCCUCGCUCACACCCAAGGACCCCUACGCGCACAUGCCCUGCCUCCUCGAGCUCCGCCCCGGUCCCGGCGGUCUCGAGGGCCGCUUCUUCGCCGAUACGCUGUUCAAAAUGUACAAGGGCUACUGCGCGCGAAAGGGUCUGCGCGCGAACAUCAUCAAAUACGACAUGGCCGACGCGGCGGGCGACUCCUCCUCCGCGGCGGGCGAGAGUCCCCUCCAGGAAGCCGUCAUCGAGAUUCAGGACCCGGGCGCGUACGACCUCUUCCGCGGCGAGGCGGGCAUGCACCGCGUCCAGCGGAUCCCCGCGACGGAGAGCAAAGGCCGCGUGCACACGAGCGCCGUGGCAGUCUGGGUUCUCCCUUCGUUCCAGGGCGACGGCAACGGCGGCGACAUGGAGGAUAUCAACAACCCGGAGAGCGACUUCUUUAUUGACCCAUCCGAGGUCAAGAUCGAGACGAUGCGGGCGCGCGGCGCGGGCGGGCAGCACGUCAACAAGACCGAGUCUGCGAUCCGCAUGACGCAUAUCCCGACGGGCACAGUCGUCAGCAUGCAGGACUCGCGGUCGCAGUCGCGGAACCGGGACGACGCGUGGAAGCUGAUCCGGUCGCGGGUGGCUCUGCAGCGACGCGAGGCGCGCGAGGAGGCCGCCGCCCAAUUGAGGAACUCUGUGCUGUCCAAGCACAAGAUUACGCGCGGGGACAAGAUCCGGACGUAUAACUACAACCAGGACCGCGUAACAGAUCACCGGGCGGGGAUCGACGUGCAUAACCUGCCCGAUGUGAUUGCGGGGGGCGAGUCGCUGGAUAAGAUUGUGGACGAGGUCAGGGAUUGGCUUGUGUCUGGGGAUAUCGAGGCCAUGAUGGCUGAUGAGGAGGUUGCCAACGCUGAAGCGAAGAAGGCGCAAAAGUGAUGCAGAUACGAAUCUUUGUAUAGAAGUGUACUAUACUGUAAACUUGUAGAGUAAAGAAGACACGAUCAAAGCAAGGUCAAUAUUGGUCAAACGAUUGGCUUACUGGGCAUGAAUAAACGGCGAUACUUAUUGAGAAGUAUUUACUUGGGGCCCAUCAAGGGGAAUAUCAGACAGAAUACGCAGAAACAUGGGCACGAAAAAACAAGCUAUCCAUGGCAUUAUGUAGGACCGUGGGCCAACAUACAACUCUGCUAACGGAAGCCAGAAUCAUACCGCUCGGUCAUCAACUACAACGGACGAUGCUUGUUGAAAAGCAGU